AUGUCGGCUCUCAGACGUAGCCAAAGAACCAAAAGCAAACCAGACGUUCUGAUCCUGAAUACAAGCAAUGUCCAAAAGAAAAAUACUGUGAAGUUGAAGUACAUUGAGAAAAAAAAUACCAAAUUUAACAAACGAGACUUAUCAAAUACUGAUAAUUUAGAAGAACAUUUCUUAACACCUUUUUACAUAAAACCUUUCGGGUGUAAGAUAUGCAAAAAACGAUUUGAUAGUAACGAUUCGUUCAAGAAACACAUUUUGUUCCAUUUCAGGCGAAAUUUAAAUAGUCCAAAACUAAGGAAAUUGCGAAAGGAAUCGUUGAAACAUAUAGAAAAUAUAAGAGUAAAGAAAGCUGUUUCAGUUAAAGACAUACCAGAAAUUGUUUCAGUUAAAGAUGAACCAAAAAGUGUUUCAGUUAAAGACAUACCAGAAACUAUUUUAGUUAAAGACAUUCCGAAAACUAUUUUGGUUAAUGACGAGCCAGAAACUAUUUUAGUUAAAGAUGAACCAAAAAUUGUUUCAGUUAAAGAUGAACCAAAAAUGCUUUCAGUUAAAGAUGAACCAAAAAUUGUUUCAGUUAAAGACCUGCCAGAAACUAGUUUAAUUAAAGACGAAAUUGUUUUAGUUAAAGACAUACCGAAAACUAUUUUAGUUAAUGACGAGCCAGAAACUAUUUUAGUUAAAGACAAGCCAGCAAUUGUUUCAGUUAAAGACAUACCAGAAACUGUUUCAGUAAAAAAUAAACCAAAAGUUCCUGAUACGAAUGCAAAAAAGUUUGAUCAUGUUAUUAAGAGAGUAAAUAAUGUAGUAAUGAUUACUAUACCGGAAUACCCUGAUAUAAAAAUCAAAAUGGUUAAGGGUGAAAUCGAUGUUUUAGUUGACUUUAUUAAUGUAUUUGUUAUAAAGGGAUAUGAUUGA